AUGUACCGUCGGGAAAACGCAAUACAACAGAUUUAUUUCGCCGCCCGGUUUUGUUCGGCUACCGUUUUAAACCAUCGGCUUCGCGGCAAUUUUAUUAGGCCAAGUUCUGAUUAAGCCUCAUAUAAGACCUUUAAAGGC